AUGUUUGUCCAAAUUUAUCGAUAUUGCCAAGAAACAAUGGAUACUACAUUGGAAUACAAGAUAACAAAUUAUCUUUAUGAGUUAUCUAAAGAUCAAGAGUUUCCUCAAGAAAGUCUUAUUGAAUUCGUUAGUCAUUUGAUUUCAAUUGCUCAUUCAAUUCCUAAAAAAGUAGUAGAAGAAGAAAAUAUUCCAGAAGUUGAACCAACAUUGUUUGUAGAAAACGAAUCCGGAUAUUCUUCAUCAUUUGAAGAACAAAGGCAUUAUAAUUCUAAGCUUAGAUUACUUUUCAUUUUAGUUCCUUUUGUUCAACAAGAGAAUUUCAUCGAUGAAAUGUUUAGUUUGUAUGAUGAAUUCUUUGGAUCAGAAUGUUCAGAUAUUUUAUCAACGGAUGAAACUCCACAGUUUGUUUAUGCCGCUAUUCGAUCAUCGUUAUUUGAUUUUGAAGAACAAUUCGAGAAAAUACAAAAAGUUACAGAAGACAUUAUUACAUUAGAAGAUCCUUCUAAUCAGAUAUUGUUUAUGAAUUCUAUUUUGAUGCUCAAGAAGAUUCCAGAAUCAUUGAUCCCUUAUUUCAAAGAGAAAGUUUCUUAUUAUUUCGAUGAUGAAGAAGGCUCUGCAUUCGAAAGUCAUGGUGAUCAACUCUUAGGAGCAAUGCUUAUUUCCAAUUCCAUUCUCCAAGGAAUAUUCACUCUUGAAGAAGCUUUGCAAAAACUUCAAUUAAUUUUCAUGUUCGAAAGUGAAGAAGAUGAUGAGAAAAAUAAGAAGCUUACGGAAUUAAGAAGAGGUUAUUCUAAUCUUCUUGUUAGAUCAGCUUAUUUACUCUCAAUCCCAAUUAUUGAGUUAAGUAAAAGCUUUGUUAAAUGA